AUGCCAACAUUUCUCUCCGAUCAACUCCGAACAAUGUGUCCAAAUCUACAAUUUGACAGCACGUCCGAGUGGAUUCUGUUACCAGAACUACCGCCAGAUUGCCAAAUGUCCAGUGUCGACCAAACCGAAUGGAUCAAAUACUGUGCUGCAGUUUUAUUCGCUUCACUUUCGGUGAUCGGAAUCGUGGGCAACAUACUCGUCAUAUUUGUUGUGCUGAAAGUUCGUGGAAUGAAAACCCCGACGAACUGCUAUCUGGUAUCAUUAGCGUUCAGUGACACGUUAUUCUUUCUUGCUUCUACUCCAACCGAACUCUCAUCGCUCUUCACCGCCGAUUACCCAUUUGGAUCCUUAUGCUGCUCCUUAUUCACCUACCUGCCAUAUCUUGCUAUCAACUCCUCUGCACUUUCUAUAACAGCUUUCACUGUUGAAAGGUUCAUAGGGAUUUGUCACCCAUUUUGGGCCAGAACAAUAUGCACCGUGAAAAGGGCAAAGCUUAUCAUCGGCAUAAUCUGGGGGUUUUCGCUCAUCUAUAACUUUCCGUGGCUCUUCCUUUCGGGACUUAUAAUCGAUGAAGAGGGUGCUUAUUGUGAUUUUAAAAUGGGAAGGGAGGAUUGGAAAUAUAAGGUGAUGUACGUGGGCGAUUUGGUUGGAUUCUACGUCAUUCCUAUGUUCCUGAAUAUAGUUAUUUAUGCAAAAAUUGCUAUAGUAUUGAGUCAAUGUGAAGAAAAGAUGAAGAAAGACCCAAAAGAAAAGAAUGGACAAACCAGUGCUUUACUUUCAUCGCCACCACUGAGUGAAGCGAAGGAGAGUCAUAUUAGCGGACGGAGAAGUUCCUUUAAAGGAAGAAAUCAGGUUGUAAAAAUGCUGGCUUUGGUCGUAUUUGUCUUUGCCACGUGUUGGCUACCGUAUCGUGCAAUGGUAGUCAAUAAUUCAUUCCGUGAUGAGAAGUGGAAUUCUGAAGGGUAUAUUCUCUUUUCAAAGACGAUGAUUUUCAUCAACUGCGCCAUCAAUCCGAUUCUGUACAACCUAAUGUCUGCCAGAUUCAGAGCAGCUUUUCGUAGUCUGUUUCAUAGUAAAGAAGAUUUGAAGCAACAAACUAGAUUUGAUCGCACCACAACAAUAUCAGUUUACAAUCGCCGUUCGUCAUCUGAAAAGAAGCUUUCCACGGCGAAAAGCGUGAGAGGCCUUGAUGGCAAAGAUGCUAAUGACGUGCCUGUAUAA